AUGAAAACCUCGGAAUUACUGGCAUCAAGACCUGAGACCGAGGUCACCCCUACUCUAUACGUCCUUGCUAAGCUCCGUCUGCUUGAUGUUGGAGCAAAGGUUUCCGACGUCGCCACCGACCCUCAACCACAUUCAUACUCCGAUAUUCUAAAACUUGAUAAAGAAAUCGAAGAGGCCCAAACUACACUACCUCCCAUAUUAAAAUGGGACGGGCUCGCACUAAAUGUGUCCUCCCAGAUCAUGGUUCAGCGAAUCUGGCUUGAAGUCAUUUGUCAACAGCUGCGAAUUGUCCUGCACAGGAAGUUUUUAGGGGCCAUUCCUAGGGAUGGAUCAGAAGAGUCUGCCGAUUUCGACAAUAUUAAGGUGCGUUUAAGGCAGGCGCAAAAUUUUUGGAUUCGGGCAGAACUGGAAUUGCAACGAGCCUACGAUACGCAGAACAUUGUAGCAGAAUCGUGCGCGUCAGCUACCGCUAUAUCGCACUUCCCAGAAUUCAAUUUUAGCGAAGCGAGAAUCGGCUCUGUUGAAGGAUUCAAUUGGGAAGGUCUCCCGGCUGAUCUGCUCCAGAGUAAUUAG